AUGGAUCCAUUCGUUGAAGUCCUUGAAGAUGCUCAACAUCAAAUCACAAAUCUAGAAGAUUUUUUAAAGAAAAUAACAGAAGUAAAUGACGAAACAAGGUCUGACUUCAAUAACAACAUUUCUGAAUUAAGUGAAACCAUAGAAGAUUUGAAAGAGUCAAUAGAGUCAAGUAAAUCAGAUCCGGAAUUCUUUAAAAUUAGCAAGUCAGAAAUAAGUAAAAGGGAAGGUAUUGUACAGAAACUAGAAGAAUCAUAUCGAGACCUACAGAAUCAAUGGAAUGCUAAAAGUGGUACGGGGAAAGCAACUGAUGGAAGUGAUCCAUUUGUUAGAUACAAUGAUGAAGAGGCUGGACCUAGUAAUGAUGAAGGUUUUGACAGCUUUAAUCAAAUGCAACAGGAGCAAAUGAUGAGAGAACAAGAUAUUCAUUUGGAUGGUGUGUAUACCACUAUGCAAAACAUAAACUUACAAGCCAGAACAAUGGGUAAUGAAUUAGAAGAACAGGCAUAUAUAAUUGAUGAAGUGGAUGGAGAAUUGGACAGAAUAGGGGGUAAAGUGAGUCGUGGUAUGAGACAAGUUGAGCAUGUUAUCAGAAGAAAUCAAGAGAGGGCUAGUGACUGUUGCAUAGGGCUUCUCAUAGUGGCAUUGAUCGUACUUUUGGUGCUAGUAAUUGUGGUUUAAUUAGAUAUAUAACCUUCUGAACUCAAAUGUUAUGUAAGCAUUUAUAUUAUUAUGUAAUCAUAUCAUAGAUUACAUAAUUUUUUCAUUGACAUUAUGUAAUAAUUUUUUUGCCAUGGCAACGGGAAUUAAAAUGGUUCGAUUUUUUGGCGUGAUCGUGGCCGAAACCAAAAACGACUCGAAAAGACGGUUCAAAAAAUUGAUCAAAUAAUGUCAAGAGAGCUAAAAGUUACUUUACAAAAAAUUUAUACACACAUUUAUCUAAUCUUUGUGGAAUCCCAAUUUGAGAGAAGAAAUUGGAGCAAGAGGACGUGAGAUUCACGUUCAAAC